AAAAGUGUGUCUUCCGUUCCGUGCCCAUGGGCGGCUCUUGGCCUCCACAUCGUCCUGCUCUGCUCAUGCGCAAGGGGCAGCCGCCGCCCGCAACAGAAGCCGAGAUCAUUAGCCAUGGCGGCGGUGGAUCUGUCGAAGCUGGUGAAGGAGAAGCGCUUCUGGGUGGCCUCCUUCCUCGUCGUAUGGGCAGCAGCGCUGCAGGGCCACAUGAUGUGGAUGCAGCGCCAGGACGCCUUCAAGCACAAGUUCGGCCUUGACGAAGCAGACGGACCCGACGCCGCGGAUUCCUCCUCUGCCUCUGCCUCUGCCUCUUCUUCUUCUUAGUAGGGAUCUCUAUGCUACGUACAUUUUCGAGGGUCUGAUAAUAGGUUGCUACUUCAUCAUCAGUGGUUGGAGUCUUGUCACUUGUCACUACUCACUAGCAUCAGGGUUUAAUGUGGAGAUACUGCAAGAAACUGUAAUUAUUUUAUUUCCCUUGACUUACAUACAUCCAGUACUACUAUAGCACUGAGCUACAGAUAAUGGCAUUUUUAUUUUUCAGCGCCUGUUUGUAAUAUGAAUGGUUUGGUUGAGCAAAACAGAUGAGAUGAUGAAGUGCAAUGUCAACUUGUCUAGUGAUAUAUUUUCUAAAAAUAAGUAUGGGCAUUGGGCAAUAUGGUGCUUCUUUGCCAGUUUGUUCAUAA